UGAACCUUCUGGUGGCUGUGCAUGGGAGGGGGUUGAAAAGUAAAGCAGAGAGACUGAUGUGGGAGAUGACAAAUCCAGACAGAGGAGAAGUACUACAUGAGAAAUUGGAAAUACCCAGAGUGAAGAAGAACAGGCCAAACCACUGGCUGGACAGAUGGAGUUUCAUCCACAAACAGCAGUCCAUGUGCAGCGUUUACCUGUGUAGAAGACCCAAGGAGACCCACACCUAUUCUACCAGACUAAAGCCGGUUGUCACAGCGACGUCAAACAGAAAGAGAACACCUGCUGCGGCGAUCAUGUUAAGUCAGACACAUGGACACUACUGCAGAAUGACUGAAGACCAGCAGCUUAUAUAUAUAUCACCUCAUACAAAUAACAACCUUACCUGAAAAAGCCAUUAGGGAUACACAUCCACCAGGAUUAUAUUGCACAAAAGGCAAAGCCAAAAUCUAAGCAUGCCAGAGAAAGUCUACAGGUUUCAAGGUCAGUGUUAUCAUAAGCUGAAAAGAUCAUGUCUGAGGCGAGGGGCUCUUUUCCAAGAUCCACUCUUUCCUCCUUCAGCCGAGUCGCUCUUCUACAAAAGGACGCCCCCUCCAGGACUGACAUGGAAGAGACCCAGCGAACUGUGUAAAGACCCCCGACUCUUUGUGGAUGGAAUCAGCACAAGGGAUCUGCACCAGGGCAGUCUGGGUAACUGCUGGAUGGUGGCAGCCACGUCGUGUUUAGCUGCAGAAUCCUCGCUCUGGAAGAAGGUGAUCCCAGACCACACUGAACAGGAGUGGCACCCAAAGCGGCCAGAUCUAUAUGCAGGAAUAUUUCACUUCCGUUUCUGGCGACUGGGCCAGUGGACAGAUGUUGUAGUAGAUGAUCGCUUGCCGGUCAGCGGGGAUGGGACACUGCUCUUCUGUCGGUCUGCAACACCACGAGAAUUCUGGAGCGCUUUGCUGGAGAAAGCCUAUGCCAAGCUAAAUGGGUGUUAUGAGGCUCUGGAGGGAGGGAAUACAGCAGAAGCUCUCGUUGAUUUUACUGGUGGCGUCUCUGAACCAUUGACUCUGAAUCAGGAAGAGCUGAUUCAGCACGCUGACCAGAGAAAAAUACUGUUCCAGACACUAGCCCAUGCACACAGCCAUAAAGCACUCAUCACCUGCUCAAUUCGGCCAGCAGAAGGAGAGGCCUUAGAAUCAGUUUUGGACUGUGGACUGAUAAAAGGUCAUGCAUAUGGUGUGACUGCUGUCAAAAAACUGCGUAUGUCAGAGACUCUGCAUAGCAUGUGUAAUGCAUCUCGUCUGUACAUGGUGCGAAUAAGGAACCCUUGGGGCACAACAGACUGGACAGGACCUUGGGGUCUAGGAUCGCCUGAGUGGCAGCAAUUUAAUCGUAAAGAAAAAGAGAAGAUGGGCCUUAUUGUCCGGGAUGUUGGAGAGUUUUGGAUGGAUUUCGAGGACUUCUGUCAUUACUUUACAGACAUGGUGGUUUGCAGAUUGGCAGAAAAAUCUCUCCUCUGGCCACAAAGGCAUUGGAGAGAAGUGUGCUGCCACGGAGCCUGGACCUUUGCUUCUGGGAUCCCAACUUUUCCCUCAUCUUCUUAUUGCCUGAACAUCAAAAACCAGAGGCCUCCAUCUGGGCUUCAAUGGUCAAAACAAAAGCCAGCUCAAAGACGAGACAAAAAAGAGCAAAGACUCAGUGAAAGACAGAAAGAGGGACGAAUCCAGGGAGAAAAACAGACCAAAAUAGAUAAUGCAGAAACAAAACCAAAGCAACUAAAGGGAAGAAAAGAGCGUGUGAAAAAACAGGAAGGAGGCAUGGAGAUGAGAUGGGAGAUGCAAAUUGACAGAAGAACUCGAUGUGGAGGAUGUAUCAAUCAUAGAGACACAUUUCUACACAACCCCCAGUUCCUUUUUGAGCUGUUUGGAGGGGAAGAAGAGGUUUUGAUUUGUCUUCAACAGGAAGACAGGAGGAUGAAACGGAGGGAGGGAAGUGGAGAGAACUUACCAAUUGGCUUUGAAGUUUUAAGGGUGGAGGUGAACCGUGUGUGUCGAGUACAAUGUUUAUGUGAACAGGCUGCUAGCUCUGUAUAUAUGGAUUCACGCAGUGUCACACUGCGAGUGACUCUUGGUCCUGGUCGUUAUGUUAUCUUUCCUACCACUUUCCAGCCUGGUGACACUGGGCGGUUCCUUCUGCGUUUUUUUUCACACUCACAUGUACGCCUCAGGGAAUUGAAGGAAGAGCUUCCUGCCCCUUCAAUGUGGCGAUGUUGUAUUCCUGACCCUAGUGCUGUAACUACUGUCCAUCUACUCAAAGCUUCUGGCCUUAGCCAUCCCAAAAAAACAGCUCCUGAUGUGUAUGCAAUCAUUCGGUGUGAGGAAGACUCUGUUAGGACUAGAAUUUUCAAGAAAGAUGGAAGCCCUGAAUUCAACACCAAAGCCAUUUUUUACAGCAGGAAGCUGAAGUCAAAAAUCUCCAUUGAGCUGUGGAGAAGAGGAUUGCUGCUGGACACAUUCCUGGGAGGAGCACGUCUUCAGACAGGAGGAAGUGAACGAGGACAAAACAGAGUGAUUGACUUGCAGGGUGGCCAAUCACGUGGCUCUGUUUUUGUAGAGAUUUCCUCCAGCCACUGCCUCACAGACCUGUGACUGACAGGUAAUGACCGAUGGCAUCUCUUCUUCAAUAGAAAGUCAAGCAACUGUGACAACAGUGAUGGCUCAUUGUUCUAAAGACAUCAUAUCUGCAAGACAGAAAAGUGUGAAGAAUGUGAAUUAUGUUAUUAGUGAUCAAGUUUUGUUCCAGUCUGGGACAAAUAUGAGUUUACAGACUUACUUUUAACCCCAAAGCACAACAUUAUGUUAUUUCUGUUUUAGAAUGUGGGUAAAAAACCAUUGAAAGUAUCAGUACUACAAAUAUCACUAUUCAUUCAGUAUGUUGUGCUCUAUUUUUUACCGGUUCUACCAACUCUAAUUCACUUCAAUUUGACUAGGUGCUAUAGAUUUUCUCAGACGUUUUUCUAAAGGAGACUUUGAGGUCUCUGUUAACAUCUGAAUGCUUGUCUUGUUUGAGUUUUGUUUAUUCAGUCCACAUUUAUUUGUAUAACACUUUUAAAAAUAUGUCAAUGCAGCUUUACAGCUUGUUUUAUCUUUAAAUUAAUCUGUGAAACAGCCAAAGUUUUUUUGUACUGAUUAAAACAGCAGUAAAAGUUUUAAUGUUUCAGUCAGUAUUUGUGAGUGAGGGUUGUGUGUGAUUCUUGAAUACAUGAGCUAAAUAUGAGAGAAAAACCUAGAAAUGGCUCACAUGUAAAUAAA